CUGAGCAGGGAGGGGUGGAAGGAAGGAAGGAAGGAAAGUUGGAGGAUGAUGUCCCAGGAAGAGCAGCCCGCAGGCGAGGGCUCCCCCACGGCACAAGCUGCCACGGAUGAUGAUGGCAUGACCUGGUGGUACCGGUGGCUCUGCAGGCUGGCCGGCAUCGUCGGCGGCAUCUCCUGUGCCUUUUCUGGUCUCUGGAUGUGUAUCACCAUCCACCCUCUCAACAUAGCAGCUGGAGUUUGGAUGAUGUUGAACGCCUUCGUCCUCAUCUUGUGCGAGGCUCCGUUCUGCUGCCAGUUUGUCGAAUUCGCGAACGCCGUGUCGGCCCGGGCGGACAAGCUUCGGCCCUGGCAGAAAGCAGCCUUCUACUGCGGGAUGGCGAUAUUCCCCAUCAUCCUCAGCCUGACUUUGACAACCGUGAUCGGCAACGCCAUUGCCUUUGCCACAGGAGUGCUCUACGGACUUUCGGCCCUGGGCAAGAAGGGAGACGGCAUCACGUAUGCCAGGAUGCAGCAGCUGCAGCAGAAGCCGGGUGGCGAAGACGGCACGCCGGGCGCCCCCGGACCCCAGGCCGUGUGACCUCGCCGCCCCAAACCGCUGCUCCCGUCUUGGACAUGGAAAAAAGAGAGAGAGCGGGAAAUCGGGCCUCGGGACCAAUGCCAAGCGAGGGGGAGUGCCGAUGGGGAAAGACUCCCUCUCGCCCGGAGCAUCUUUAAAACAGAAAAAAAAAAACACCUCCAAAACCCAGGAUCGCUCUAACGCUGUGAAUCUUCACCCUCUGCAGCUCUAAAAGGGCAGGGUUUAAAACAGGACUUUUAAAAAUCCUCCCCUGCUCUGUUUUCAGGUUGGACUAGAACCACAUAGGGCUUCAAGACCCACUUUUUGGAUCACUGUGAUCUGCUCUCCGUUAACCCCUAAAGUGUCCCUUGGCAAAGACAUCUGAUCCUGGCAACGGCCAUCAGAUGACGCUUUCCCUGGGCCUUGGCUUUUAUCUCGAGAGCUGGGGAGGAAACUGUUUUGGAAACUGAGAAAAGUCAGCACCAAAAAAAUUGUAGCUUCUAGCGACUGACCUUUCUCUUCGUGCUGUGAAUUUUGAUAAUCUUUCUCUCCUUCCUCUAGAAGGUUUCAGAGUCCCAUCCUCCUGCGCCGUGCGGGAUCCGUUCUUGAGGGAUUCUAGGAUGUAGCAAACUUUUAAUUCUGUGUGUGCUGGUUUUUUGUAAGCUGUUUUUUUCUUCGUAGGGGAGAGAGAAAAAUGUGAUGCUCCUCGAUUUAUUUAUGGCUUUCUGAAAAGAAAAGAAAAACUUGGGAGAUUUUUUUAGCCACUGGUGUCGUGUAGCACAAAAAGAGUUCUAAACCUAGAAAAAUAUAUCCUUUAAAAAAAUGUCAGUUCCUGCAAUGUGCUCCGUGGGGUAGAAAGGGCCAUCAAAUUUAACAUGUCCCUAAGCCUGCCAAAGGGUACAAGGAAGGUCAGGGAUCGGUGUCUUCGUUUGCACAACCCGAUCCUUUUGUGCUUAGGUGCACAAAUCCCGGUACUGCAAUUUUAGUCUUCCUCCGUACCUAUCAAGAAGAAAACGGCAGCGCUUUCAUACUGAAGAGUUGGCAGGUUCAUCUGGAGUGUCUGGCACAUCUCUGUUGGAUGUCCAGGAUCAUCUUAAGGGCUUCUUACAGUAGAUUCAUGUGUUGUCCUAGUACUUGAAAAAAAAAUUCCUGGGCUCCGAGGUGUUUCAUUAUCGCCCCACGCCUGCCUUCGUGAAGAACCUAAACGGGUAACCGGCUCGUUUUCGUUCAUUCUUUGUAUAAGUGUGUGUGGGGUGACACUCUUAUAUUUCAAAGGCCCAGGUCUUCUGUUCACGGGGUCAAAUUUCUUCUCUAUUUAUAAGGUAUGUUAACUGUAUUACUGCUUCCUCGCUUUGUUUUAGGGGAAACCUAGUUUUGAUUAGGCUCGGCUUGGGUUUCAUGUUUGAAGCCAUGUUGGUGGGGGAAUCCGUUCUCUUUCUGGGUGGUAUUAUUAUUAUUUAUUUGAUUUAUAUACUGCCCAUCUGGCAGCCAGGGCCACUCUGCUGUUAGCUAAUUCUGUCUUU